GACGAGUGAGACAGGAAGGAAACUGCAGUCCGGAGUGCGGAGAGCCGUGCGUUAGGUAGCGGGUGGGGCUCGGGCUGGUCGUGCAUCGCAAUUCACUGAAGGCUGCAGGGCUGCACGGCAACAUGUCGAAGAACACGGUGUCGGACCGCUUUAGGAAGGUCGACGUCGAUGAAUACGACGAGAACAAGUUUGUGGAUGAGGAGGAAGGAGGAGAAAAUCAGCUCGGUCCGGAUGAGGCAGAAGUGGACUCGCUGAUCAGACAAGGCAACUUAAUGGGAGCUUUGCAAGCGGUUCUCAAGAAUCCCCCAAUCAACACGAAGAACCAGAAUGUCAAGGACCGAGCAGAGGGGCUGGUGCUAAAGGUGCUUAGCUCCUUCAAGAGUGGGGACAUCGAGAAGGCCGUGCAGUCGUUGGAUAAGAACGACGUGGACCUCCUCAUGAAAUACAUCUACAAGGGCUUCGAGAAGCCCUCAGAAAACAGCAGUGCUGUCCUCUUGCAGUGGCACGAAAAGGCUCUGUCCGCUGGAGGAGUGGGCUCUAUCGUUCGAGUGCUGACAGCGAGGAAGACUGUCUAACAGCGGCCCACCCACGCACUGUGAUUGGCUGGUACAUUGGAUCCAAUAAGAUCUGUUCACAGGUUACCAUGUGGGACAUCAUCUCCAUCUGUUUUUUUUUUCCUUGUUACCUUCGCUUGUCAUUUGUCAUCUCCCUCUUGUACUGUUAAGCUGCUUCAGGCUGGUUGCAGACGGCACGUUGAAUGGGGAUGAUGAGUGUAGACAUUCUGCCCUCUCUGAGGCCUCGUGGGCAAAAUUUGACUUUUCGUAGGUGUGCUUAGGAGUAUCUCCAUCCAGAGACAUUCCUUUUAAUAAAGAAUAGAGCUCAUCCUCCUUUAGCAUUUUUUAAAUCAGCGCUGUAGUCACAUCCACCUUUACAUUUCAUUUGUAGGAACUGUUACCCCUCUCAACUGACAGCGGUCACAUUCGACUCCCUGUGAUCCACAGUGACGUAACAUAAGUUAAAAGCAAAUGCAUUGGGCUGAUCUUUUUUGCCCUUUAAAACAUGCCUACUGCUUUUGGAACUGCAGAGGAGUGCUUGAGACCAAGCUUCUUUCUCUUUUAUUUUAUAAGCCAAAUAGUUUUUGUUUAUUCAUGCUAAAUGUGUGUUACUGGGACUCCUUCUCAGGACUCCCUCUCACUCCUAAUGCCGUCGUGUCUUUCGGGGAGGCUAACGCCAUCAGAUCCUCAUUUUCCCAUCAUCCACUCACACGCGUGGUGCUUUAACUGUAAAUUGUAAACCUGUCUUGCCUUUGGGAUUGUUGGUGCCUGGAGCUGAAUCAUUUAUUUUCCCAGUCUCUCUGUUUAAUGCUAAAAGCUCUAGUAAUUAUCUUUAUAUGGGAGACAUGCUGCCAGUCACUAUAACAACGAUUCUUACGCAUUCAGAGUAACGGCUAAUAAUAAUAGUAGUAGCAGUAAUAGUAGUAGUAAUAAUAAUAAUAGUAAUAAAACACAGGAAGAAGUAACCACAUACAUUUAUUAUCAAGAUGUGAGUUACGUGUAGAAAGACAUUUGUGCAAAAUUACUUACGCAGUAUGUUAGUACUCCAAAGAAAUAUUACAAGAUAUGUUUCUGAUGCACAUGGUCUCCUGCAGAGACACAGUCUGACGACUCAUUUUCUGCCAGUGCAAAGCAAAUCUUGCAUCCUUGUUAAAUAGAGCAUAUUCCCUGUCCACCUGUACUCAGUGCUGGCCAAUGUGCGUUUCACUCAAAAACUGCACAUUUCUCAGGUUACGUCUGUGUAAAAUGAUUGUUUUUGUCAGCCCCCGUCCUCAUGAAGCAGCAGGUGCCAGAUUGCCAAGGGGCAGCUCUGUGUCAUAGACUAGGCCUAUUUAUAUCAAGCAUUAAAUGCUUUUUUAUGUUGCAUUUCUUUAAAUUGACCUUUUGGACCAAAAAUCUUCAGAAAUGUAUUUUUUUAUUUAAAGGGAGAAUUUCAGAAAAAAAACUGGUACAUUAAGUGAGGUCAUUCUGCAUCAACCGAGGAAAUGAGCAGAAGGAUGGUCGCUUUACAAGGUGGAAAUUUAUACAUUUUAAAAUCACGUCAGCAGUCUAUCUUGUUUUUUCUACUAAGAGUCAGUCAUCACCCUAUAUGAAACUCUACCCUUUGGUAUUCGGCUGUCGCUUCGAGAUCCGUAUUACGUGUUGAAAGAAACCCAAAGUUUCAUUGGUGUUUCACCAGUUGAUAUAUAGGGGUUCAGCCUUUUUUAAGCCUUUGAUCAAAUAAUUGUUUUAUUGUAGUCAAUUGUAGUAUUUUCCUGAUCAAUUAGGUACAAGUUUACUACAGAACUGGUGUACAAAAUGCCUUAUCGCCUGCUUUAUGUUUGUGCUUUUGUGAUAAAAUAAACACACAUACAUUGCA